AUGACCCUGCCCGGGGACCGGGUGUCGGUGCGGAUCACCGGCGAACGCAGCGGCGGUUUCAAGGGCGAGGCGGUCGAACUGCUGGCCGAGGGCGGCGCGCGGGUCGAGCCGCCCUGUCCGCAUUUCGGGCCCUGCGGCGGCUGCGCGCUGCAGCACUUCGAGGACACCGCCUAUGCCGACUGGAAGGCGGCCCUGCUGCCGCAGGCCCUGGCGCGCCGGGGGCUGCAGGCGGAACGGCUGCACCCGAUGCUGCGGGUGCCGCCCGGCCGGCGCCGCCGCGUCGUGCUUUCGGCGGAGCGCAAGGGCGGGGCGGUUCUGCUGGGCUAUCACGAGCGCGAGUCCCACCGCCUGGUCGACAUCCAUGACUGCCUGCUGCUGACCCCCGCUCUGACUGCGCUGAUCGCACCCCUGCGCGGCCUGCUUGACGGCGUUCUGGACCCCCGGGAGGAGGCGCGGGUCACCGCGCUGGACAGCGAGACCGGGCUGGACGUGCUGAUCGAAUCGCGCCACCGCCUGGACAUGGAAGACCGCGAGCGGUUGGCGGACUUUGCCGCCGGGGCCGAUCUUGCCCGCCUUUCCUGGAGUGCCGGCCGGGAGGAGGCGGAACCGGUUGCCCUGCGCCGCAGCCCGGUUCUGACCUUCGGCGCCACUGCCGUGGUGCCGCCGCCGGGCGGCUUCGUGCAGCCGACCGCCGAAGGGCAGCAGGCGCUUGUCGAACGCGUGCUGGCCGCCAUCCCGGCGACGGCGGAGACCGCCGCAGACCUCUUUGCCGGCUGCGGGACCUUCACCUUCCCGCUCGCCGAGCGCCUUCAGGUUUACGCCGCCGAGGGUUCCGAGGCGGCGGUCGCCGCCCUCUCCGCGGCGGCGCGCCAGGAUGCGCGGGGCGCGCGCAUCACCGCCGAGCAGCGCGACCUCGCCCGCUUUCCGGUGCAGGCCGACGAGCUUUCCGGCGGCGAUGUCGUGGUCUUCGAUCCGCCUCGGACCGGGGCCAGGGAACAGGUCCGCGCACUGGCGCAAAGCGACGUUCCUCUGGUUAUUGCCGUGUCCUGCAAUCCGACCACCUUCGCGCGCGAUGCCCGCAGCCUUGUGGACGGCGGCUACCGCCUGACGGAGGCGACCCCCAUCGACCAGUUCCCCUGGUCGGGGCAUCUGGAACUGGAAGCCGUCGGGGAACACCGUCUCCAUCCCGGUUUCCGGCAGAGCGCCGAUGUUGGCGUCGCCGAAGCGCGUGUCUUCCAGCAUGGCGCCGAUGAAGUUGGCGCCGCGCAGAUCGCUGCCCGAGAAGGUGGCGUUGCGCAGAUUGGCGUUGGAGAAGUCGCAGGCGGCGAGGAUCGAGCCGUCGAAGUUGACCCCCUUGAGAUUUGCAUUGGCGAAGGAGAUGGUCGCCAGGCUGCGGCCGGAGAGAUCGACUUCGGUGAGGUUCUGCUCGGCGAAGUCCGCCCUCUUGCCCUGCUUGCCGUCGCUGUUCACCCAGCGCUCGUGGUCGGCAAGGGUCUUGACCAGGGUGACCGGAUCAACGGCCUCCAUGGGUGUCGAAAGCAGGCCGGAAAGCUCCACGCGGGUAUCUUCGAAGGUUGCGCCGCGCAGAUCGGCCUCCUGCAGCCGCGCGUUGGUGAGCACCACACUCUUCAGUUCGGCGCCGGUGAAGCGGCUGCCGCGCAGAUCGGCGCCGUAAAGCUCCGUCCCGUCGAGCAUUGCACCUGCAAAGUCGACGUCCUUCAGCACGGCGUUGCGCAGGUUCGUGUGGCUGAGGUUGGCGUUGCGGAACGAGGAGCGGAUUUCCCGGAACACCUCCUGAUCGCCCUUUGCGCCGUUGGCGAUGAUGCCGCCGCGGCGCAGAUCGGCCUCGUCGAAACGCGCGUCCCGCAGGUUGGCCUUGUCGAAGACCACGGCGCGCAGAUCGGCCCGUUCGAAAUUGGCCCGGGUGAGAUCCGCCGACUCGAAGGUCGAGCCGAAAAGCUUCGCCCGGCUGAAGUUGGCAUCGGUCAGAUUGGCGCGCGAAAACAGGCAGGCCAUGAAGUGCGCCUCGGCGAAGCAGAGCCGGCUGAUGUCGAGUUCCACCAGGACGCAGUUGCGCAUGAUGACCCGCCGCCCGUCGCGCUUUUUAUCGACGAAGCGUUGAUGAACCUCGGCCAGCUUGACCAGGGCUUCCUGGGUGAUGAUACGCCUGCUGAGAACGAUGUUUUUGCUGUUGCUGCCUUUGCUAUCGCUCGGCACGGCUGA